AUGAAAACAGAAUGCACAACAGAUGGACCGAUCAAAACGGAUGACUUACAUCAUUUGAGAGAAGGCGAAAUUUUCGUAGAUUCUGAGAGCGGCCAGAAGUUCCGAGUGCGGAAAACUGCCUUACCACAGCAGUCUAUCGGAGGACCACAUGGAGUUGGAGAUCCAAACGAUCGGUCCUUGCGUCGACUGGAAGCAGAUGUUUUAAUACCAGAUCGCAUGAACGAACGGGUGCAAAAAGUUGAAUGUCGCGAAUCACUUGAAGGUCUGACGCGAUGUCUGAAAAAAGAAGGCAGCCUCAUUGGUAUGAGAAAAUGUCAGAAAGAGCUCGAGCGAUUCAACGAUCCUUGGUUCCGUCAAAAGAUCACUGAUGAAUAUAUUAAAGAGCGUGCAGAAUAUCGUCGAACAGGAAAAAAUGUAAUGGAAAGAAGGUGGGAAGACUACUGCGAUUAUAAAAAGAAGCGGGGUGAUUGGAUUGAUCUCGGUGACCGUAACAAAUAA